UUACACAGAUUUCCAUAAGAAUGACAGCUAAUCGGAGUGAAAUUGGAGUGAAGGCUAUUUCUCUCUCUGUUUAGCACACGAGAAAUCGUAUACCGGGACCGCGAGCGCGCCCAUCGCCCAUCUCUCCGCAUCCAGCUCCAAUUUUUCCAUUUUUCUAAUCGGCAAGCAAAAAAAAGAAGCGCAUCAUUCGCCAGCUAGAAAAGUAGAGUGGACGGUUUUGGCUAUAUUUUAGUGAAAUCCCUGUUAUUUGAUUCUGGACGAUUUUAAAUCGAAUAUAAGAUCGGCUUUGAAAUUCGAUUUCGCGAUGGUUGCUUCCAAAAAGUCGUUCGUUUUGGGAGACUUGGUGUUUGCCAAAGUUAAAGGUUACCCGCCUUGGCCUGCUAAGAUAAUGAAAAUCGAAAAAAAUAAAUACAACGUGUAUUUCUACGGAACAGGCGAAACUGCUAAUAUAAAAUUGGAAGAUUUGUUUGCGUAUCGUGAAACCAAAGCUAAAUAUGCUACCGAUAAGAUAUUGAAACGCAAAGGAUUCAAGGAAGCCAUCGAGCAAAUAGAAUCAGCACUGAAUGGUGAAGACCCGAGUCCAAUUGAGCUUGCUGCAGGUCCCUCAUCUUCAACUGCGGCCGAUGACUCACAGGCUGAUGAAACAAUUAACUCGACCGAGACAACUUUCAAUGCAUCUCGAAUUUCAGCGAAUUCCACUGUCUUAGACAGCAGCACAAAAACUGAGAAAGAUGAAACUCGCAAUGGUAACGAAAGUCAGAAAGAAAGUGUUAAGGCCGUCAAAGAAGAAACAAUCAAGAAGAGCAGGAAAAACAAUGUUACUGCUGCAGCAGCCAUUGCCGUUGUCGAGGGCACCUCUCCACCAGCGAAAAAAGGGGCAACUGCCAAUGCUCCUCCCAUAAACGACAAUGCUGGGGUUGCGAAGAUUGAAGCUUCUGAACCAUCGCCUUUGUCCGCAGUCAGUCCUGUUAAAGAUCAACCCGAAGUUGUAAGCAGAAGUGGGCGUAAAAUUAAGCCCAAACGUUUCUUGGAUGGAGAGGAAGAAGAAAUAGUUACUGCUUCGCCACCAGCAAAGAAGAGGGCUUUAGCAACGAAAGAAAAAACACUUCCGGUCGUUGCACCAGCAGCCCCAGUUAUCAAUUCUCCCAAAAAGCCUAAUCCGUUUGACAAAAUCGAAAGUGAACGAGUUUAUUUCUUAAAGUUAGAACGAGAACUUGUAGAACUAAAUUUGGACAUUAAGAGCUGCGUGGGAUUAGCAAAAGCAGAUCCAGAAAAGUGUGUCGAACUUAUGGAUCAGUAUCAAAAAUUGAAAGUGACACCAACAAUGUUGAAGAAGAAUCCUAACUGCGUUGAAACGAUGAAGCGUUUAAGAAAAUAUGUAGGCAAUGCGAAGGCAUGGAAUAUGGCGGACGAAGAGAGAAUCAAGUUUGAUUUUCAAGCACAACAAAUCCGUACAAAAGCUGAACAGAUAUAUAACCAAUUCAAGACCAUGUUUCCUGUGCCAGAUUCCUCUGUACCAUUUUGGGAAGCUUUUGGCGAAGAAGUUAAAAGAUUCGAAGAAGCGACAAAACACUUGAGUCAAGAAGAACUUUUUCUACUCGUUGACGAAGCAGAUAUCAAGAAUGAGGAAGAACGAAAUGGAAACACCACUGAUGAUAAGAAGGCGAUACAAGAGCAAAUCAAGGAAAAGGGAGAAUCUAAGACCAGUGAAGGAGAAGCAAUCGCAACAUAGAUUAUACUGAGUUUUCAACGGUCUUAAUGACAAUUGAGGAUGGAAAUCGAUCUUAUUAAAAUACCUGAGCUACUACUAUAUACUCAUGUUUGAGUACAGAAAUUCGUAGUUCACUUAAUGUUAACGUAAAUUCAAAAGAGCUCAUUUUUUUCUUCUGGUGUUAAACAUAGUAAACACAACGCAACUUUGUUUUCAUCGAUUGACGGUACUCUGCAUUAAUUUUACCUAACAAAUGUUUGAACCACUAUAAAACCUUAUGUUGCAGACAAAUAACACUUUAAAAUUUUACAUAUAUUUAUCAAGUUUUCCAAUUUACGUUAUUCAGUAUGUGCAGUUAAUUUAUGAUUGCUAGUAGAUUUUCUGGAUAGUUGUAUAAUGAAACGAAAGGCAAAACUUUUAUAAUAUCAACUUUUGGUCAAAAAGUCACGUCAAGUCAAAAAUUCCUUCAUUUAUGCUCCAAACUUUAAUAUCUCCAUAAGCGAUGUUUUUGUAAGUUGCAUAAGGAAACUACGUUGCACUUUAAGUUUUAUUUUGUAAAUUAAAUCAUAAAAUGGUAAUUUAAUAAAUAAGAUUAUUUAGUUUUCUUAGUAA